AUGGGUAGAGAAAUAGUAAUUGGGCUAGUUGGGAAACCAUCAAGUGGUAAAUCAACCACAUUGAAUUCACUAACCGAUGCUAAUGCUAAAGUUGGUGCAUUUCCUUUCACAACUAUAGAUCCAAACAAAGCCACUGGAUACUUAGAAAUAGAUUGUGCAUGUCAAAGAUUCGACAAGCAACUGAAAUGUAAACCAAACUAUGGAUACUGUCGAAAUGGGAAACGCGGAGUGCCUAUUAUGUUACUAGAUGUUGCUGGAUUGGUACCCAAUGCUCAUUUAGGUAGAGGUCUAGGAAACAAAUUCUUGAGUGAUUUAACUGAAGCUGAUUGUUUAAUCCAUAUAGUUGACGCUAGUGGAACUACUGAUGCUGAGGGCAAAACUACUCGAGGCUAUGAUCCAUUAAAUGAUAUUGAAUGGUUGCAAGAUGAAAUAUUUCAAUGGAUUUUGGGUAAUUUGAAAGAGCGAUGGGGAUCAGUUGUACGAAGACAUGUGGGUACAAAAUCGACAACCUUGGAGACUCUAAGACAACAAUUGGGUGGAUAUGUUGCUAAUAAGCAAAUGAUUGGUCGAGCAUUGGAUUUGAUACCUGAUUUACCUCCGUUACAAGACUGGGAUGAUGAGAUGUUAGAACGAGUAGUGAGAGCAUUCAUGGAGGUAAAAUUUCCCACAGUUCUAUCAUUAAAUAAAAUGGAUCAUCCUGAUGCUGAUAAGAAUGUAUCCAAAAUAAUAUUGAAAUAUCCAAACUCGAAAGCAGUACUAACAUCAUCAAUCACUGAAGUAUUAUUGAGGAAAUUAGCAGCACAACAUUUCAUCAAGUAUGACCCAGGAACAGAGUUUGUUGAUACUAAAGAGGAUUUACCCGAUGAUCCUGAUUUGAAACCAAUGGAUGAAAAAUUACAAAAUAGAAUUGAAAAUAUUAGGGAUUUGGUGUUGUACCGAUUUGGAUCGACUGGAGUAGUUCAAUUACUUCAAGCAGCAGCAGAUCUAUUAGGAUUGGUUCCAGUUUACCCCGUGAGAAAUAUCAACAAUUUUACAGGAUCAAGU